UUACUUCAACCCCGUGGUUUAUGAAAGACAUAAAUCCCUCCGCGUGUAGUGGUUACCAAACUGUCUGUCGUGGAAAGGGAGAUUUCCCUCUGCCUCGACCGGUUUCAAAACCUCUCUCGCCGGUCCGUUUCUCCGCCUCGUAUGAGCUAUCCCUCCGGCUUGAAGCUAAAGCCUGACGUCCUCCAUCGACUACCGCCCCCUACUCAACCCGCUUUUACCGCGCCGCUUCAGCAGCGAGCCAGCGGACGUAGCCGAGCAGGGAAGUGGGCUUCGUCUUCCCUUUCUCUGGGCAGAUCAUCCCACAGACGUUCGAUCACAUUCAAUUGUAGACCAUCCCAAAACGUUACAGAUAAAUCGUCCCUGGAUGAUGUAAUCAUUCCGAAGGACUCAUCUGCAGCGUUGACACCGGAGCGAGACAAAGGUGACGAAGCAGACGAGUGGGCAGACGACGCCAAUACAAGCAUGGGUGUGGGCAAGAACACCACCUCCAAGCCCGUUGACACUGGGAGCGAGGGAGGCAAAUACGAAGACGAGGACAAACAUGGAGCUGACUUCUACCCCAUUCCGGUGGUGGUCAAUGGAGUGGGCGGAGCCAGUGGGGACCAGGAUACAGAGAACACUGAGCUGAUGGCCAUCUACACAAAAGAUGUUCAAGGAGCAGAAAAGAGCUCGUUGUCAGAGACGUUGGACAGCUCAGACAGCACCGAUCCGAGGAGAAUGGACAUGAUCUAUAUCAUAGAAGACACUCCGCCUUGGUACCUGUGUGUGUUUUUAGGCCUACAGCAUUAUUUGACAUGUUUCAGUGGAACUAUAGCAGUGCCAUUCCUCCUCGCCGAAGCAAUGUGUGUCGGCUUUGACCAGUGGGCCACAAGCCAGCUCAUAGGGACCAUUUUCUUUUGUGUGGGGAUCACAACCCUCCUUCAGACCACGCUGGGCUGCAGGUUGCCUUUGUUCCAGGCCAGCGCUUUUGCCUUCCUUGCCCCAGCCAGAGCCAUUCUGUCUCUGGACAAAUGGAAGUGUAACAACACAGUGAUAUUCGAGACAAACAGCACAGAAAUUCUCCACACAGAGCACAUCUGGCAUCCCAGGAUACGAGAAAUCCAAGGAGCGAUCAUUGUGUCAUCCCUGGUGGAGGUGUGCAUCGGUGCGCUCGGUCUACCCGGGCUCCUGUUGAAGUAUAUCGGACCUCUGACCAUCACCCCCACCGUGGCCCUCAUUGGCCUCUCUGGUUUCCAGGCGGCAGGGGAGAGGGCAGGAAAACACUGGGGCAUAGCUAUGCUGACUAUUUUCCUGGUGCUACUCUUCUCCCAGUAUGCCCGAAAUGUCCAAUUCCCAUUGCCAGUGUACAAAGCAAAGAAAGGCUGGACUUCUUACAGGCUGCAGGUGUUCAAAAUGUUCCCAAUCAUCAUGGCCAUCCUGGUUUCAUGGCUGCUGUGCUUCAUCUUCACGGUGUCGGAUGUCUUCCCACCUGAAAAGGACAAAUAUGGCUACUAUGCCCGCACGGAUGCACGUCAAGGGAUCCUCUCGGUUGCACCUUGGUUCAAGAUCCCCUACCCCUUCCAGUGGGGCCUCCCUAGUGUAACGGCCGCAGGCGUCAUCGGGAUGAUGAGCGCCGUAGUCGCCAGCAUAAUAGAGUCCAUCGGGGACUAUUAUGCCUGCGCCCGUCUGUCGUGCGCCCCUCCUCCUCCCAUCCACGCCAUCAAUAGGGGCAUAUUUAUUGAGGGCAUUUCCUGUGUGCUGGAUGGUCUUUUUGGGACAGGAAAUGGUUCCACAUCCUCCAGCCCAAAUAUUGGUGUCCUUGGAAUAACAAAGGUGGGCAGCAGGCGUGUGAUCCAGUACGGAGCCGUCAUGAUGCUGCUGCUGGGCCUCGUGGGGAAAUUCAGCGCCCUGUUCGCUUCCCUGCCGGACCCUGUGCUGGGGGCUCUGUUCUGCACCUUGUUCGGCAUGAUCACGGCGGUGGGGCUUUCCAACCUGCAGUUCAUCGACCUCAACUCUUCCAGGAACCUUUUUGUUCUGGGUUUCUCCAUCUUCUUUGGCCUGAUGCUGCCAAGUUACCUCAAACAGAACCCGCUGGUCACAGGCAUUGUUGAGAUUGACCAAGUGUUAAACGUUCUCCUUACCACCGCCAUGUUUGUCGGAGGCUCGGUUGCUUUUAUUUUGGACAAUACUAUUCCAGGUUCUCCUGAGGAGCGAGGUAUCAGGAAGCUGAAGCGCGGGUCGGGUCCCAGCACUGCGGAGCUGGAAGGGAUGCGGUCCUAUGACCUGCCUUUUGGAAUGGACUUCAUCCGCAGGCAUUCCAUCUUCAAGUACCUCCCAAUUAGCCCCACCUUUGCCGGCUACCAGUGGGGGAGGCUGCAGGAAAACUGCAGGAGCAAUGGCAGAGACAUGGAUGCGGACAAGGGAGGAAGCGAGGGAGUGGGUUCCCAUGGCGAGAGUCCAGCGUAGCCAUCAAGAUGGUGUGUGAAUUGGGGGAGCAAGGGACGGUACACUGAGAGAAAAGGAUGCAAGGGCGCAGCGCAGGAUUGGCGAGCGUGUGUAUGACACGUGAAGCACUGACCUCUGUCUGUCUGUCCGUCUGCCUGUCUGUCUGUUUUGUUUUGUUGUUUCCCACUAUGCUAUUUUAAGCAUGCUGCAAGCCGCAGCCAGCAUGCUCCAGAAGAUGUUAACCACAUGGCAUCUACUUGGUGUGUUUGCAUGUGUGCUCGAUAUGCAACGUAAUGGCUACGUGCAUUGAUUUACACUGUCACUUUAAUUCACACGGGCAUACAAUUAUGACACAAAAAAUCUGCCAAUUGAGAAUUAUGCAAAAAAAAAAAAAAUCACAAUGACUUGAUGCCAUGUAUGCAACCACAUGCACACACACCAACAGCGCUACCAAAAUUAGCUUAGUCCUACAGCUCUUGGAAGCAUGUCUGUUCGGGUCCGAGUCAUCAGGGGCCCUUGGCCUCGGCGCAGUGAUUGCGAUUGUUUUUGUUGCUGCCUCCUCAGUUGCGAAUGUCACUCCACACUUGGCUCGGAAAAACCUACAGAGGAAAAUUGGCUUAUUUUCCGCAAGACUAGUUUCACUGUCUCACAGUUUACAUGUCACUACGGUUGUCAGUAUUAGCAUCUGUCUUAGCAUCUACACAAAGGGAUCAUUUGGCAACAGUUCGAAUGGACUUUUCACGUGAGUCUUCCUGGCGUCAUCUUCACUUCCGCUGCCUGUGUUCGCUCAUGUAAAAAGAUGUACAGUCAACUAUAAGGCCGGUUGUUGCUCAGUUCUAACAGUUCGGGGGUUAGCUAUUUAAAAUCUGGGUCAUGGCCUUCCCAUGUGGAGUUUUGUAUGAUCUAGUCCUGUUUGUGUGGGUUGUCUAUGGGUGAACCAGGUUCCCUCUACAUUUCACCAAUUUUACUUAAUCAAAGACUUUAAAUUGUCCUUAGGUGUGCAAGUGAUUGUGAAUGGUUCUUUGUGUGUUUGUACACUGUGCGCUAUGGCUAGCACCUAGUCCGGGGUGUAUCAUGCCUCUCGCUCAAAGCCAGCUGGGAUUGGCCGAAAAUGGAGGAAAUACAUAUUUUUUUUGUAUAGUAACACAUAGCGAAAUCUAUUUCUGUCAUGCCACAUUCUGUUUCUGGUUUAUAGUUAAACUCAAGCUCUGUAGAAGGAGAAUCAAUGUUCUAAACUACGGUACUCUUUUAAUGCCACUGUCAAAUUAAGCAGAAUAAUCCUGCCCAGAGUGGUCUCUCCGUUUGCCUCGAUGGCUUCACUCCGUUAGCCUCAAUGGCUUCAAGACAGAAUUGACACUGUUCUAUUCUGAUUAAAAUUUGCCACUGACCAAUGUAAUUAUCCCCCGUCUUCUCACAUCAGCAAAUGCAAAUAGCACAAGUGAAGAUGACUCCAGCAAGAGCCAGACAUCCCAUUCUCUGGCGGCUUCUUCUUAAAGCAAUUCUGUACUGUACCUCACGUGGCCUUAUCAGAGACGGGUCAAAAACGUUGACCCUGCACAUCUGCACAGGUCUUUUGACUGUUUGCUGGGCUCUCUGAUCCUCUGUGUGGAUCCUCUGUUCCUUGUUUACAGGGUCACGAUACAGCCCAGCCACUUGCCCACUGAGAACGGCGUGAACUACUGUAGUUUGGGAAUGGGCAACUGUAAUGAAACAAGAACUUGUGUAUGUUGCGUUUUCUGGCUCGAUUGGAUCGUCUGUUGCUAAUGCCGUCAACAUUUUUCAUUCAUGCAGUCGGUCUCCAUUUUCAUGCAGCUUGUGAUAAUAGCAACACAAGGUAGCACAAUUACACUAAAUUACUUGAAAAGUGCGUGAUAUUGUAUACCGUUGAUAUUUUCUUUUUCACGAAACCAAAAGGUUUUUUUGCUUUGAAAUUUUGUUACCAAAAAAAAAAAAAAGGAAAACAAAAGACGUUCCCAGAAAAACUAGCCAAUAUUUUCUCACCUUCAUAUGACCUUUAUGUCUUUAUCAAAGCCAUUGCUUUAUUUAUGGAAGGAAUGUUAUUGUGCAAAGCUCUUUUGAAGCAGGUCUUUGUGUGGCUUGCUCAAUGCUGAAAGUGUAUUUAUGAUUUAUUUGCCAUCCUGCCCGAUAAAAGCUCACAAUCACUACAAGCCAUCAUCAGCUUCAGCUAAAUUCAACUGGUUUUUGUCCAUAGAAGGCAUCAACUGCCCUUAUCGCUGUUAAGAAUAAAUGAAUCACGCCAGAUGUCAGCGCCUUUUUACGAUUCCGUUACAUUUCAAGGUGCCAAGAAUAUUACAUUUACCUUACAAUGCUUUCAGAAUGGGCCUGAAGACUGGCAAAUGAACCACAUAAUACUGUCGGGCCUUAACUCUAACUACCUGACUGUUAGUAGCCUCUCAUGUGCAGAAACAUGAAUGGCAUUUUGUUGUGCUUAUUUUUUUCCCCCCUCCAAUUUAUUUGUUCCCCACUUGUAUCUUUCACUUUCACAUCUUAUUAUAACAGUAUUUCCCAAACUUUUGUUCGAAAAAUGUUAUGGCACACCACCAAACGACAACAAAAGUACACCAGCUGAAAUAAUGAUGAUCCUGUCUCAGUUUCUUUCUAAAUAUACUUUGGUGAAAUGUGGACCUGUUUAAUUGAAUACAAAGCUAUUACAGUGGUGCCUUGAAAUACUCAACUCAAAACGCUCACGUCGCAAAUCAUCUUUCCUCAUUGAAAUGAAUGCGGGAGGACCAACCGGAAAAAAAGUAAUGUGUUGUUAAUAUGAAAAAUAGCACUUUAUAAUAUUGUACUCUGUAAAAACAUAUAUUAAUUAUAUAAUUAAUUAGAAUGUUAAAAAGAAAAAUUCUAAAGGUUUGCCACUUUUUUUUUUGUUUUUUUAGUUGCUUGAAUUCAAUCGGCAUUGUGCUGCUCCUUCUGGUGUUUAUGUAUUGUACAGACAUACAGAUGGCACUAAAUGAAGAUGUUCUCAGCUUCUCAACGAGCCACGGUAAUGUUAAACGUUCUUCACAGAGGAUAAAGAAUAUAUUUCCUAUUGUUUGUUUGCAUUAAACAAGGGGACUUUAAAAUUGAAUAAUUUCCCAUGGUACACCUGAUGAUCCCUCACUUCACAAUGAUUGCGAAUCAUUCCAUUGUACGACUAAUAUACCGGCUUAUGUCAUUUCAAUAUUUCAAAACGUACAAUCUACUUAGUUUCACUCACUGAAUGAAAUUCUUAACUGGCAUUUCCUUAGCUGUUCAAUUGUUGCUGGAAUCAUCCAUUAAAAAAGAAAAAAAAACUUUUGUAUGCUUGACUACAGUGUCAUGCACACAACAUGCAAGCAGUCAUAUUUACACUCAUGCAAAUGACACUUAUCUCAAGCACACAAGACACACCUUCCUGUGCUGUCCUGCAAGUGAGUCCUCUUGUUCGAUGUACCUGUUUUCCUCCCUGGAGAUGCUGACUGUCAAAGUUUAUGGCCGCAGGAGAAAACAAAAGACCUGGUCCCCUUAUUACGAGCUGACCGAAGCUGUGGUUGUCACAAAAACCCACUUUAUCAUAAGAUAGUUUGACGUGCCUCAACCUAACUUCACUUGGAUUUGAUCACAUAACUCUGUCAAAAAAAUAAUGACCUGUACAAAACCGGACCUCCUCCAUUGAUAUGUUUACUGGUUUAGUGACGAAGCAGUGGAUGGUUCUUAAUAAGAUGGCCAGAAGCACACAAUGACAUCCGUUGCUUUCGAUUAUUAUGAAGGGGACAUGUACGAUAAUCUUUCGGUGUACUACCUGUUCUAUAUUUGUGACUAUUUUUUUUUUUUUUUUUAUUUUGUUUUCCUUUUAAAAUUGCUUCCCUUUGUUAACACACUGGCAAACAGUUCAGGCUGUACCCCGCCUACUGCCCGAUGACAGCUGGGAUAGGAGGCUCCAGCAUGCCCGCGACCCUCGUGAGGAUGAGUGGUACAGAUAAUGGAUGGAUUGUUAAGAAAUACAAAAAUCAAAUGACGAGGCAAACUUAGAAAAUAGAGUAUAUGUAUAUUUAACUUGCUUCUGGGAAGAGAAAUUGUGAAAACUAAUUGUAGCAACAAAAAUGGUUGAUUCUUUGUUUCUAAUACUAUUUAAUAAGAAAUCACAGAAUGUAUGAUGUUUUUUUUCUUGUCCUAAUUUUAUACUAAAAUAUAAAUCUAUGUGCAGACCUCUGCUUUCAUAUACACAAAUCUACAGUCUUUCAACUCAUUAGGAUCAUGUUAUUAAUUCAUGACUGACCAAUCAAUGGAAAUUUUAUGUUACUAUGCUAAUGAAGUAGUUUUGAAACCUUCCCAAAAUUUAUGGGCCUGUUUUCAACAACUCACCUCCUGUCAAUGAAUAAAAAUCGUACAGUAUGUCAAA